ACAGAUUACGUUUCGAAAUUUACUGCCAAUAAACUAAAAACCUGUAGUUUAUGUUACAUAUAUUAGAGAUGUUCAAUACUCGCAGUGAAUAUCGGAAGACAGCCUAAAACAGUAAAACAAAUAUAUAAGGACAUAAUUUUGCUUGAUAAAUACUGAAUUUAUAAAUGGUUCCCUCAAUGCGCCACUAAAAACACGACACUAAUGGGCAAUACAUCCUUAAAUGCAUCAUCGUGCGCUUUUAUUCGGCCAAGCGUAUUCUCAGUGAUCUCGCGCCUUUUGAUCCGGAAACGCGGUUUAUACUUAUCUUGUCGAAACGUGAUAAAGACCUCGCUACCUUUCCGCGAACGACACCCGACGAUAUGAUGCGUCCUUUACACAUGAAGAAGAGUCGUGUGACGACGUGCGCUCGAUUCCGUGGAAUAUGUCUCGUGCCGUUAGAUGCUAUCCAAGAGGCCAUGGGCCACAUGGGCCCGUGGCACUUGGUGAUCGUGAUAGCAAUCUCCCUUGUCAAAUUCCCCGUAGCCUGGCACCAGCUUUCCAUCGUGUUCCUUGCGCCACCUACUAAUUUCACGUGCAUCGAUCCGUUAUCAGCCACGAACGAAUCCACGUUUAUGAAAUGCGAAGUGAACGUAGGGAACGGCACUGUGGAAAAAUGCGCUAGCUUUAAAUACGAUAAGCGAAUAUUCCGAGAAAGUAUCAUAACGCAGUGGGAUUUGGUGUGCGAUAAAGAGCAAUUGGUGAAUGUUGUGCAGUCUUGUACAAUGUUCGGCGUGCUAAUUGGCAAUUUAAUUUUUAGUGUAAUAGCCGACAGAAUCGGCCGGAAGAAGCCGUUGAUGAUCGCAAUUGCAUUACAGUCGGUCACGGGAUUCGCAAGCGCGUUCGCGCCGUGGUACGAAUUGUUCAUAAUGCUGAAAUUCAUCUCCGCUUUGGCCACUGGCGGCACAAUGCUUGUUAGCUUCGUUUUACUUAUGGAGAUUGUUGGGGUUGAAUGGCGGUCGACUAUGUCGGUCCUGUUUCACGUGCCAUUCUUGAUCGGGCAUCUUAUGAACCCGUUAAUAUCUUACUUAACACUGACGUGGUCCGGCUUCCAAAUGGCCAUCUCGAUACCUUCCAUUUUCCUAUUAACAUAUUAUUGGGUCAUCCCAGAAUCACCGAGGUGGUUGUUAGUCGUAGGUAAGUCCAGACAAGCGGAACAGAUUAUGCUGAAAGCUGCCGCUCGGAACAAGAUACCGGUGGAGAAUGUGAAGUUAGCCCUCGAAAUUCAUGAAAGUCAGGCGGCGAUCCGACUGGGCAAAAGUAACGAGAAAUACAAUAUCACACAUUUAUUCAGAACUCCGAAUAUGAGAUUGAAGACUAUAUGCGUGGCGCUUAACUGGUUCUUUUGCGGCAGCUACUUCUUCGGGCUGUCGCAAUACUUGGGUCAUAUCGACGGCAAUAUUUUCAUCAAUAUUGCCGUUUCGGCCGCCAUGGAAUUGCCGGGAACCGUGAUAGUCCUGUUUCUGAUCUCACGAGUUUCCCGCCUGAAGAUCUUGAUGAGUGGAAACAUCCUGUCCGGCAUAAGCCUGCUCUUGAUACCUCUGAUAGCCAACCCGAAUAUCCGGGUGCUUUUAACUUCGUUCGGUCUCGUAGGUGCGGCUAUCAGUUUCCCCACGAUAUACCUGUAUAGCGGCGAAGUGUAUCCGACUGUCGUGAGGAACAUCGGCAUUGGCCUGGGAAGUAUCGCCGCCAGGAUCGGAAGUAUUAUCGCACCGUACAUCGCCACGAUGGGUAAUAUCCAAUCGUGGAUACCUCCAGUAAUAUUUGGCGUAGGACCAAUAAUAGGCGCCAUGUUCUGUCUUUUUUUACCAGAGACCAUGAACUGUGAAUUGCCAGAGACCAUAGAAGACGGUGAAAAUUUUGGAAAGAAGGAAUGUAAAAAAUGUGAUAUAUCAAUGUGAUGAUAUACUGAAUGCGUAUUGAAUAGUAUAUAAUACCUUUCACAAUUGUAAUUCGA